AUGUACAUGUUGCCAGUCACAGCACGAUUCCUCACUGAUGUUUCUUUGAAAGUAAAUUUUGGGGAAAUCCACGGAAUAAUCGGCGCUUCUGGAUCCGGAAAGUCAACUUUAUUACAAGUUAUUUCCCAUAGAGUUGAUGGGAAGGUAACUGGAGAUAUAAAGUUGAAUGGAGAGUUGCUUACAGGUUUGCAAAACUUCCUUCUAAAAAUUUGUUUAGAAAGCAAUUUUACGAAGCUCUGCAAAUUUGUCAACUUUAAUAUUGACUUGUUACCGUAUCUUUCGGUGGAACAAACUAUCAAAUAUCACGCUCAGAUAUGUUUGAGCUGCACUGUGGCUGUUUUGGGUCAGAGAGUAAGCGAUAAAAACUUAGUUGAUUAGUUUUAAUUACUUGCAGAUUUCUAUGUUAAUGCAAAAGUUUGAUCUCCUCUCUUAUGUCCACAGAAGAGUGGAUCAAUUGACCCCGAGUGCCAGAUAUCGACUAAUAAUGGUAUUGAAUUUACUUGGAGAUCCUUUGUUAGUCUUGUUGGAUGAUCCUCUAACCAAAUUGGAUGCUUUGAGUAACUACCAAUUAAUGUCGUCACUACGAGAAUAUGUAAAAGAGAACUCGCGAAUGGCCCUGGUGACGAUGAGAUAUCCCCGAUCAGACAUUUACCAGCUGAUUGAUGGUCUUACUUUACUGUUUUACGGAGAAAUUGUCUAUUCAGGUAAGCUCUGUGAGAUAUUUUUAAAUUGCGCUUAUUAUUACUAUAGGUCCCACCAAGUUCAUGCCCCAUUACUUCAGUCAAAUUGGAUACAAAUGUCCAAUUACUGAGAAUCCGGCGGUCUAUUAUUGUAAGUAUCCCAAGUAAUUGACAAAGUUAUUAUUUUUAGUAUCCUUAGCCACUGUGGAUCGAGAAAAUCCCGAAAGCUAUGCGGAAACUCAAGAAAAAGCGACGGAAUUGGUCGAAACAUUCAAGGUCGGUGAUUAAAUACUCCUAAAGCAAAAAAAAAAAUGCCAUUUUAGAAGCGCCGGGACAACUUUGAUUUCUCUUCAUACCAGCCGAAAACUCCAAGCGAUAGUCCGAUCCUCUCAAAUUAUUAUGGCCAACCUUCCUUCUUCAAACAUCUUUACUUAUUGUCCCUGUAUGUUCGUUUUGAACAAAACAUCUGGCAACUUUUUACUUUUCUAGAAGAAAUAUCAACUUAAUGUUACGCUCCUGGCCUUUUAUGAUGACGCAAACAUUAUACUUUGCGAUAUUUUUAUUCGUCGCCAUAUUCGGUGGCCAUUUUUAUACAACGACCAAACACACUCCUUUAUCUGCCUCAGGCACGUUAUUCUCUUUGGUCUACUUUACAGCUGUAGUUACCGUCUUCGCUACUGUUAUAAAUUGUAAGUUCAAGUUCGGUCCUGUUAUAAAUUGUAAGCUAAUUCAAUUACAAUUUUUCAGUUAAAAGUAGUCGAUCUUUUAUGUUUUGGGAAGUGAGCAAUGCUCUUUACAAUGCAGCCCUAAUCCCAAUAACCACUCUAUUGUCCACGCUACCUAUUGAUCUCUUUGUUCUUACUGUAUCUUCAACCACUUUCAUGUGGAUUGUAAACCCGGCCUUUUAUUCUCGACAUCUACUCACGUUAAUAGUUGGAUUAUCAUGCGUCACAUUUAGUUACAAGCUUAUUGUAUUGGUUUUAUUUUCAUUUACAAAACACGAUCAUACUGUAAUUGUAACAUCAACUAUGGUAGCUGGAAUCUCCAGCAUUUUGUCAUCGGGUUUUCUGAAGUAAGAGGCCGUCAAAUCGAUGUAAUUUUCAAGUUUUAGAUCUUACCAAUCCUUCAACUCAAUCAACGAGGGACUACUGUAUUUAUCGAGCCUAUGCCCCGAACGCUUUGCUAAUUUCCUUUUGGAUUAUGAAUUUGUAAAUUCGACCAAAUCGAUAACUUGUCAUCGAAAUGAGCAGAUCCCUUUCCCGAACGAAACCGAUUUUUGUCGAUGGAAGACGGGCAACGAUUAUUUAACGGAGAUGUUAGCAGAGCCAAUGGGACCCCCAGAGCAAUGGCAAGGACUGCUUAUAGUCGGCAUCGCGUUACUUUUUUCAUUGGCCACUUAUUUUGUUGUCACUCCCAAAAAAGCAAUUAGUUUUGCUGUACAAUAA